UGAUUAAUACUCUUCCUAUUUUUUAAUUAGGUAAUAGAGAAAAAGGAACUUCCUCACUAAAGUUAUUGUUUAACUAAGAUGGGUGUAUAUUCACAAUAGACCGCGAUUUGCCUUCACCCUAGUUUUUGACAUUGAAAGAAACUGUCGAACUUUUUCAAACGAUUGUUGUCACGCGCCGGUAACACUGCCAGAUGCGAAUGUCCGUCCGCCCUCACAAAUAGCAGUGGAGGGCAAUGUCAUCGUGAACUAGGUCGCCUGCUAUUGUUUUGUUCUGCCGCGCGACGUCUAGCAAAACGUUUGGUUUCACACACCGCACGUCAGUUCGCCCGCGCCAGCUGAGAUUGACAGAACUGACGUAGCGCGUUGUUUGGUGCGAACUGCGAAAUGUCAUCUAAUAUAAUUAGCGAAAAGUUGCAGAUAGAUACGAAACUGAACGGUUUGAGUGCUUCGUUUAGUGAUAAAGGUCUGACGCCUCUGAACGGGCGGUAUAAAGCUAAGAGUUUGUCGAGUGAUAAGUUGAACGAGUCGAACGCGGAUCGGGCGGCGAUCCUGGACGAUGUUGAGGCUCACCACGUUGCGGAGAAGUCAGAAACUCCUGGGUGUUUAGUGCAAAAUAAAGUGAUGGAUCAGGAAAAACAUAACGGGAACGGAUUCAAAGAUGGCAAAGCGUCAUACGGCACAGGCACGGGCACAGACAGUCCAGCGAGAGGCCGGCGGGUGAUAUUCUGCGUGCACGGGAACCCUUCCACAGGGUGCUGUGCUGUCAUAGAGACUGAAGAUGGAGGGGAGCCCCAGCGCAAUGGGAGCAUCGUGGAAGUUGAACGACGACUACACUGUCACAGAUCGAGGAACGAAGAGAUAGACAAGCGAGCGAGAAGAAAACUCAUCAUAGCCAGCGUAUUAUGCGUCAUAUUUAUGUUAGGAGAAAUUAUCGGUGGCUACUUAUCGAACAGUCUCGCUAUAGCCACGGACGCCGCCCACCUUCUCACGGACUUCGCCAGCUUCAUGAUAUCGCUGUUUUCUAUUUGGGUGGCCAGUAGGCCCGCUACUAGGAGAAUGCCCUUCGGCUGGUACAGAGCGGAAGUAAUAGGCGCCCUUACCUCAGUCCUGCUCAUCUGGGUAGUGACCGGUAUUCUAGUAUACAUGGCCGUUCAAAGGGUCAUAUACCGACAGUUCGAGAUAGAUGCUACCGUCAUGCUGAUCACUUCUGCUGUCGGCGUGCUGGUCAACCUGGUUAUGGGCUUGACGCUGCAUCAGCACGGGCACAGCCACGCCGGCGGCGGUGGUCACGGUCACUCGCACGGAGGCGGCAACCCUGUUCUUAAUAAUAAGGAUCGCACCAGCGAGUCCGACGUGGAGAGCUCCUCUUCCCACCAACACGACAGAGAUAACAGGGAAAACAUCAACGUGCGAGCAGCGUUCAUACACGUUUUAGGAGAUUUCCUACAGAGCUUCGGCGUUCUGGUCGCUGCUAUCGUCAUUUACUUCAAGCCGUCUUGGAACCUGGUGGACCCGAUCUGCACGUUUCUGUUCUCGGUGCUGGUGCUGCUCACCACCUUCAACAUCAUCAAGGAAACCCUGCUGGUGCUUAUGGAGGGCUCCCCCAGAGGACUAGACUUCCAGGAGGUGGCGAACACGUUCCUAACUCUGCCCGGCGUCGUGCGUGUUCACAAUCUGCGCAUGUGGGCGCUCUCGCUCGACAAAACUGCGCUGUCGGCGCAUUUAGCCAUCCGCACCGGAGUGAGCCCGCAGAAAGUUCUAGAGCAAGCGACGCGGCUCGUCCACGACAAAUACAACUUCUUCGAGAUGACGCUCCAGAUCGAGGAAUUCAGCGACGGCAUGGAGACCUGCGGACAGUGCAAGAUGCCUCAGUCGUGAGUC